UGCUCAUGAAACAAAUUAUUUUGCAUCAUCAUGGUAUGAUACGUCGAGGAGAGCGCACGAAGGUGAAAAGAAGAACCUGAAGGGCCGUUUCAGUUUUGCGAGGCACACCUUGAUGCCCUCGGCCGUCCUCAAGAAGCCGCGCCUCGCUGACCUAUCGUCUUUCCAUCGCCGCACUGUCUUCCCUUCAAUUCGCCGGCCGUUCUCCUCUUCCCGCUCUACGCCCAUUGACACCCUGAACACCAACCUUCGCCCCUUCCCUGAGUACACUCCUAAGAAGCCCGGCAUCCGCGACGCUGAACUAGUACACAAUCUAACCACUGCACUGAGGCAGCGACGUCCCCACUCCCUCGGCCACACUCUCACCCCCUUCGCCGCGCGACUCCGCCCGGACCACCUUGUUUGGUCCCUCCUCCAACUCCGCUCCAACCCGGCUCUCGCCCUUUCCUUCGUGCACUGGUUCCGCCGCAACACCCGCUUCUCCGUCCCUGCCGAGGCCCAAGCCAUCGCCGCACACCUCGCUCAUGCUUCUGGGAUUGUAGGCGCCGCUCGGCAGUUUCUGCGGCGGGGCGUCGUUUGUCACAGGAAUUUUGUCGAGCAGGUUAUCUACACAUACCGCCACUGGUCCUCGAAUCCCACCGUCUUUGAUCUCCUCUUUCGAGCCGCUGUCGAGCUCGAAAGAUUAGAAGAGGCCCAUUCACUAUUUCUCCGCCUUACUUCUUUUGGGGUCGUUGUUUCAGUGGAGUCAUGCAAUGCGCUCCUCUCCCAUCUUCCGAUUGAUGCUGCCCUGAAUGUUUUCCUGGAAUUUCCGCUCUUUGGAGUGCGCUGGAAUUCCGCUUCUUAUAAUAUUGUGAUAUGUGGGUUAUGCGGGGUGGGGAAGCUUGGGGAGGCCUACGACAUCCUUCUUAAAAUGAACUCUGAGGACGGUGUUCUGCCAGAUGUCAUCAGCUAUAGCACCAUUAUCAAUGGGUAUUGUCGUGCUGGGGAGCUUCAGAGUGCCUAUGAUUUGUUUAACGAAAUGUGUUCCCGAGGUUUGAAGCCAAAUCAGUUUACUUUUAAUAGCAUUAUGUCUCUUCAAUGCAAGAAUGGGAUGGCUGGGGAGGCAGAAUGGUUACUACUUAUGAUGGAGAAUGAAGGUGUGAUUCCAGAUUCAGCUGUCUACACUACUUUGAUCAAUGGAUUCUCUAAAAAUGGUAACCUUUCUGCUGUGUAUCGCCUGGUUAAGGAGAUGAAGGGUAAAGGGUUAGUUCCUGAUGCUCAGACAUAUACUACUUUGAUUUGUAGCCUUUGUAGAUCUGGCAGGAUUAUUGAUGCUGACAUGCUCUUCCAGGAAAUGCUUAGAAAGGGAUUAAGUGCUGAUAAAGUCACUUAUACGGUGUUGAUUGAUGGCUUUGCUAAAAAUGGCAGGAUUCUAGAGGCCUUUAGGCUGCACAAUGAGAUGUUGCAGGCUGGCUUGAUUCCAAACGUUGUGACAUACACUGCUCUUUCUGAUGGCCUCUGUAAAAAGGGUGAGGUGGAGGCUGCAAAUGAGCUUUUGCAUGAGCUUUGUGUUAAAGGGUUGCAGUUAAAUGUGUGUACAUAUAACUCACUAAUCAAUGGGCUUUGCAAAUCAGGGAAUAUUGAACAGGCUAUGAAGACCCUAGAGGAUAUGGAAGUAGCAGGACUUAGUCCUGAUACAUACACUUAUACUACUUUGAUGGAUGCUUAUUGCAAGCUUGGUGAGUUAACUCGAGCACAUGGUCUGCUUAGGAAGAUGUUAGAUAAAAGCAUCCAGCCAAGCAUUGUCACUUUUAAUGUCUUAAUGAAUGGAUUUUGUGCUGCGGGAAAGCCUGAAGAUGGGCAAAAGCUUCUUGAAUGGAUGUUAGGAAAGAAGAUAAUACCAAAUGCUGCUACUUAUAAUUCUUUGUUAAAGAAUUACAGCAUGGAGAAGAACAUGAAAGCUGUGACUGAGUUAUAUAGGGGGAUGCUUGCAAAGGGCGUCUUACCAGAUGAGAACACGUAUAAUAUUCUAAUCACGGGACAUUGUAAGGCGAGAAACAUGAAGGAGGCAUGCUUUUUUCAUGUGGAAAUGAUUGGGAAAGGUUUUAGAAUGAGUACUAUCUCAUACAAUGCUCUCAUUGAAGGGCUGUUCAAGAAGAAGAGAUUUAUGGAGGCAAAACAAUUGUUUCAAGAGAUGAAAGAUGCUGGUCAUGUUGCCAAUAAGAAUAUAUAUAGUCUUUUCAUAGAUUUAAACUACAAUGAAGGAAAUAUUGAGCUGACGCUUAAACUUUGUGAUGAAGCAAUGGAGCAAUGCUGCAUUGGAUAUUGAGUUGCUGAAAUUUGAUAUGAGUAAAGGAGUAGCGAAUAAGAUCAGGAGACGUUUUAGAAUGAGGCCUAUCUCAUGCGACACCCUCACUAAAGGACUAUACGGAAAGAAGAGGUUUAUGUUUUCAAUAAGAACUUAUAUAAUAUUUUCCGAUAUUUGAACUAACAUGGAGAGAAUAUUGGGCUGACCCUUGAGCUUUGUAACGAAGCAAUAGUGAAAUGCCUCAUUGGACCUUGAGUUACUGAAUUUCAUAUCUGUAAAGGAAUUUGACUGAUCAAAUUAAAAUAUUUGAGCGUCCUCAUCAUUAAGUGGUUUAUUCUGUUGAUUUUAUGACUUAGUGAUGUAAUUGUUGGAAGGCGAACUAAAGUGAUUGAGAUUCUACUAUGAUGAGCAGUCAGCUACUUAAUUUAUUUUCAACUCUGUCCUGAAGCUGAGAACUUCUUUGAGGCAUAUGAAUAGCACUCUAUAAUGCUUUUUCAGGGGAAACUCAGUGGCAUCAAAAGUAUAUGAUUCUAGAGCCUAGAGAGCUCUUAAGAAGUCGAUCAAAGAAUGCAAUCCAUUAGGGAUUUAGGGCAUUUACGUACAUCUCACUCUGGAUUUACAUAUCUAGCAUAAACUAGACUUUUUUACAUUUA